AUGAGGAUUUGCGUGCUCCAGUUUUCCUACGAAGGCCCUGACCGGGGCCGUGGGGAGUUGGAAAAUGGAAUAUCUCGCUUUGAGAUGGCGAGCUCGCAGCACACGUUUGAACGUCGCUUUAUUUGUGAAGAAAAAUUCAAGGGGAAAAUAGACUCUGUAUUGCGGGAGGGCUUUGACUUCUAUAUCAACCUCCUCUGGAGCACAGCAGAAGACCCCGUGACUGGAAUGCAAGCUAGCCAAUACUUUGAAUCAUUGGACGUCCCAUCAGCUGGAUUCUGCAGCCGGGGCCGAUCUCGGAUAAAGGAUUCCUUCUAUAAGCAUGCCAGGCAACGGGGAGCUUCGUGUGUUCCUGGUAUGCUGCAAUUUCCUCUAUCCGUCAAGCCCUCCAAUGGUUACAUAAGCGAACCGACCGAGAACUACGUCUGCCAUGACGAGAGGGAGCUCCGGUAUGCCCUUUGCCAACUUGACAAGCAGCUGAGUGCAUCCGGGGGGCGAAGAAUUAAUGUCGGUGGGCCUAUGGCUUCUGCCGAAUUGCAGGACCUUAUCGACCAGUAUAGCGAUCACAUUGUCAUCCAGGAGUUUAUUGACGGAGACGAAUAUACAGUCACUGUCAUCGAGCUGGGGGAUUCUGCAGUUGCCUUGAAUCCCUGCGUCAAGAUACUCUCCGGGAAGGAACGCUUCCACACUUCUGGUGCCGGAUCUGACCUUAAGUCAUGCAAAGAACUUGUCAACCGGGAAGACAACCCGAUACUUUUCCAAAAUCUUCAGCAUGCGGCUCUGGAAGCUUUUGAAGCUGGCAUGUUCCGUGGCAGUCAUAUGGGAUGCGAAGUGAAUCUUCGCGUCAAUGGCAAAAUGGGGGUCUUCGUUACGAGUGCCAACUCCCAAGCUAUGACUUUCCUGCAAACCGGAAAUGAUUUGCAGGAUCUUUCAAUUAUUGAGAGUCUUCCUGGGGGUCUCCCUGCUGCGGUCAAUGUCUUCAUUGCCAACUAUUGUGCCCAUCAUGACUUCCGCCAGAAGGAGUGCAUCAAAGUCGCCACUGCCUAUGACGAGGUAGCCCCGGAGUACGACGAUCAGGGCCAGACAAACAGCCAGGACAAACACAACUUUCGGCAUUUGUUGGAAAACUAUGACUUUCAAGGAACCGUUUUAGACUUGGCUUGCGGCACAGGCUUCUUUGGCCGUCUGCUGACCGAAAACGGAUUCAGAAAUGCCGAGAGGGCAGGAAGUUUAAUUGGGUUUGAUCUUUCUCCCGGCAUGGUGAACUUGUGCCGGAAAACAGGCGUUUAUGAUCAAGUCGACAUUUCUGGGUUACAGACUUGUUUACUUCAGUAUUCCCGGCAUGGCGAGGUAGACCAUGUCGUGUCUUUUGGCGCACUGCACUUUCUUUCUCCCGAAGAAUUUGCAAGUUUUUUUGUCCAAUGCUUCAUUAUUGCCAACAAAUCCAUAACUGUUUCGGUUGAUGAGAUCCCGGACUCUUACAAUGAGCAUCUCCAUGAGAAGGGUCUGUCUUAUAUGCACUCCACCAACCACCUUGGUAACAUGGAGGCCUUCGGAGAGCCUCAAGGCUGGAAACUGGUCUCUCGUCAACGCCAUUAUUCGUGGACGUCCCCAACCACUGGCGAUGGUAUAUACAGUACAUUCUUCCGAUUUGAACGAGUGGACCGCGGGAAUGUACUAAUUUCCAGGGCUCCGGAGAAAAACUAA